AUGGCAGUGGAUGGGGAUCUGGGUGAUCUCUUGGCCAAGGUGCUCCCCACCGGGACUGAGCUAACAGCCCGUCAUAUCUCCUCCACUCCGGCAUCCUGCGACGCGCUCUUCGCCGCCGCGCCCGGAAAAGAGCCCGAAGCCACCUUUUGCGAAAGUCACUUCCUGUCAGUCUCCAUUGACUCCCCCAAUGACGAUGGAGCCGAGCUUAUCGUGUUUGGAAUGGAGGUCAUGAUCUACAACUCUGCUCACUUGACCACCAUCUUCGUCUCCAAGGCCGAUUCAACUGGCCUCCUUCAUUUACUCAAAUUGCCGCAGAAAGUCUCGGUCCUCAGAUUGGUCUCUCAUACAUUCUUGACCUACCUUGCUCGCACACACCAACGACCUGGUGUACGCUUGGUUAUUUCCCUGUUUGCUCGCGCCCAGAAUCAAUAUCUCUUUCCCGCCAGCAUUGAGAAUCCCGAGAAGCAUGUUCUCGACGACCGGGGAUUGAUCAAGUGGUGGUGUCGAGCUUUAGAUCCUAUCCUUCGAGAGAAUGAGCCUGAGUCUGUUUCGCAAGAAAGCAAGCCUCUGGACCAGACUGCCGAGGCAGCUAAGGCCUCCGCGACUGCAUAUCUCAUUGUGCCGGGCUGUGACCGGUUAGAGACGCGUAACUUUUUCCCUGUGUCUUCUAAGUCCGACGCACAGAAUCAUCCGCGAUGGCUCGCAAGUUAUCCAUUGAAGCAAAUGGUCCAAGAUCCCUCUGGUCCACCGCGCAGCUUAAUUCCCCGACUUCCAGAUGACCCAAAGACACGUUUCCUGAUUGACCUGGAUGAUGAACUCCCAGAACCUGCAGAGGGUGAAAAUCAAGUCGCCCACAGUGGCCAGUGGCGAAGCGUCAGAUCCUUGGAUCAAUUCUGGGAGAUGAUGUCGUUCCGCCAGGAGUGCUCUGCUGGUAGACUUGUGGGAUUCCUCUGGCUUGUCAUAAACCCUCCUGGUUUAAUGAACUCGACUACAAUGGCAAGUCAGAGCCAAGGUCCUCUUUCAGGGGGCAAUAAUUCUAUUCAAAGAACUGCCCCCGUACCUCAAAAUGACGAGCCAUCUGGAAAGGAUGUCAAUAAGGCGAACACGGAGGAGCCCUCGGCUGAAACUGCCAGCACCGAAACCGUACCGGUACCAUCAUCCGAAACCCCGGCGGCUUCUUUCGACUGCCACCCAGGCAAUCUUUCAACCAACGGUCGACCAGUGUCGUCGACUGUUGAAGCUAAUCCAUUUUUCUGGCCCGAGGCCGGUCGAGGCCAUGUAGUACUCGACGAAGCAGGCUACAAGGAGAUGAUGGACGGCCUUCUGGACAAUUUCUAUGACGAAAAGGAAAUUGCUGCCAGUACCAAGGCUUAUGUUGACAAUGUGGCUUCCUUAGCCGACCAACUCACUUGGGGCAAGCGGGUUGUUGGCAGUCAUUCACCAGAACAGGGCAUUGCACAGCCUAUAGAGGCUAACAACCUUCUGGAUAGUACGCUGAUUCGCAAGAGAAAAAAGCCGGAAGCUGAAAAUGCUGAGACAACCGGAGAUUCAGCGCAGCAGAUUGAAUCGGGGUUUGCCCAGCCAACUCCGGAUCAGCCAGCGAGUGUUAAUGUUCUCAGUGCUGGCUUGGUCAGAAAGAAGAAGAAGACAUGA